UAUAGAUUUUAUCACCUACGUCGUUUCUAUGAAGUGAAUUUUCUUCCAUGGAAGCCUGGCUUGAUUUUUCUUAGUGAAUUGACAACUGUUAAUCAGUUUCGGCGUCUUGCGGACUCUACUGCAUUCAACACUGUGAUGGAGUUGUACGAUACACUGCGAGAAGCUGUGCGCCUUAUGCAUAGAGCGUACUCAGUACAGCUGCUUAGUAUGACUGUUUCAAAUAUUCCGUCUCCUACAUUGGCAUUGUUUGCGAUGUAUCGUUCAUUUAUGACGUCAAACUAUGACAUGCAGAACUUGAUUAUUACCAUGGCUGCAUCGAGCAUGAUGUAUUUGAUGGCCUACUUUUUGCUGAUCUUUCUUUCCACCAGUAUCAAGUAUGAGACUCAACGACUGAUUGAAUGUUUUCAUCAUUUUACCAACCUUAACAAUGUUGAAUUCGAAAGCAUGAUCAAGGUCAGCGCUGAUGAAGUAAACCGCGACAAUGUAGCACUUCAUGUGGGACCAGUGGAACUGAACUGGAAGCUAGCUUUUUCUAUGAUUGGCACUAUAAUUUCCUAUCUAAUAAUUCUGAUUCAAUUCGACCGCACCAGUGCGGGAUAGUUUGAUUUGGUUGAAGUCGAAAAC